AUGGCUAAUAUGUGUAAUUUUGGAAACAGUUUGCAAGAGAGUAGAGAAAUUAGCGUAAUCGACAAACUGAUCCAAACCGCAGCCCCAGAUUUACGCGAGAAGAUACUGCAGCAGGAAAAUUUGAAUAUUGACAUAAUAACAAAACUUAUAAAUGCUCACGAGGCAGUAAAAUUCCAAUCUCAACAAUUCACCGCGGCGUCCACCAACCAAUCGAGUGAAUUAGUGGUAAACAGGAUCCAAGGUUUGUCGCGAAACGUAUAUCGACCAAAUUUUCGAAAUGAGUAUGAAAACACACCUCGCGGCACGCUUGGCACCUCGUUUCGUAACUCUUACCGAGAUGAUUUAAUCGCUUGUGGUAAAUGUGGCUACAAAGAUCAGCGACACCCGGAUCGCAGGUGCCCAGCUUUAGAUAGGAAUUGCCUUAAGUGUGGCAAACAAGGACAUUUCUUAAUGUUCUGUCCUGACAGAUAUAGGUCACGGAAGCGCCAGGUGCCACACCAGGGUAACAAUUUUCGAAACAAUAGAUUCAAGCGUCCAGCAAUUAAUGCUGUUGAUACCGAAGAGCACGAUGAAUCAGGUAAUUUUCUGAACUAUAUUUCUAAUAGUAAAGCUGGAGAGGAACUUCUAUGGGUAACGAUCGGUGGAGUGAUGGUGCAAGUACUAAUUGAUUCUGGUUGCCAAUACAAUAUCAUUGACGAUACAACUUGGAAUAAAAUGCUAGCAGAAGGAGUUAAACAUGAAGAGCAACACAACAAAGACAAAACAUUCAGAGUUUAUGGCAAACAUUUCCGACCACUUGUUACCCGAACCGUUUUUGAGGCUGUCAUAUCAAUUGGAGACGACGCGAGACGAAUUCAAAAAACAGCAACAUUUUAUGUUAUAAACGAAGGAUCCCAACCACUUCUUGGUCGCGCCACUGCCAAAGAGCUAGGAGUUUUAGUGUUAGGGUUGCCCAGUUCACGAGAAAUGUUUGAUGUCUGUCAGCUAACUUGUAGUAAACAAGUAUUCCCGAAAAUAAGAGGUAUCCAACUAAGAAUUUCCAUCGAUCCAUCAGUAACUCCAGUUUGUCAAAGCGUUCGACGACCACCACUAGCUUUGUUGACUAAAAUUGAAGAAAAGCUACAUGCGUUGCUAGCAUCCGAUAUUAUAGAACCUGUGCAGGAAUACAGUCCAUGGGUAUCUCCGCUAGUUACUAUCCUCAAAGAUAAUGGAGAUCUCCGCCUAUGCGUUGACAUGCGCAGAGCAAACAUGGCCAUCAAGCGAGAAGCGCAUCCUAUGCCAACGUUCGAUGAUUUUCUUCCACGGCUUAAGAAGGCUCGUGUCUUUAGUCGGUUGGAUAUCAAAGAAUCAUUUUAUCAAAUGGAAUUACACAAAGAUUCGCGUCAUAUCACAACUUUUAUUACGCAUUUGGGCAUUUUUCGGUUUAAAAGGUUAAUGUUCGGCAUUUCGUGCGCACCGGAAAUGUUCCAAAAAGGUUUGGAGCAGAUUUUAGUAACUUGCAACAAUACGAUAAACUUUAUAGAUGAUAUCCUUAUUUUCGGGGAAAAUUUAUCAGAACACGACAAGGAACUUAAUAAAACGCUAGCAACGUUGAGAACAGCAGGAGUUCUACUGAACCACGAAAAGUGUGUAUUCCGAGUUCCAGAGGUAACAUUCCUGGGCCAUCGAUUGUCGGGUAAAGGAGUGCAACCAACUGACGACAAAAUCACAGCUCUGAAAAACUUUAGAGCUCCGCAGACCUCGGAGGAGGUGAGAAGCUUCCUAGGCCUUGUGACGUAUGUGGGUCGUUUUCUUCCGAAUUUGGCAACAAGAACUGCACCACUACGUGCGCUUACAUGA